CUCAGCACGCCUGCGCGUCAGUCGGGGCUAAAAAAAUGGACCUGCCGAACGUCAGUGCUCCGCUGUCUGUGGAGUCUGGCGCUCAAAAUAACAUUGAUAGUGCCCCUUUAGCGAUUUCCACCACAGAACCUGACAAAGUAAUAAACAUUAAAACUGAUAGUACCCUGGUUGGAGCCAAUGUGAGUGAUGAGGAACUCCUGAAAGGUCUCCUCACUGACCAGCAUUGCCAUGUGUGUGAAGCCGUGCUGUUAUUUGAGGCGCAGCGGCUGUCACAUUAUGAGGGAAAAAAACAUGCCCAGAAGUUGAAACUCUACCUGCAAAACAAGAGGGAUGAACUGAGGCAUACAGAGUCUGCUGGACUGCUGCACCGCAUGCCGUCUGACAAGGACCGUUUCUGUGAGCUGUGCAACAUGGUGUUUACUUCUCCCGUGGUAGCAAAGUCACAUUACGACGGCAAAGUCCACAUGAAGAAUCUCAGGAAGCAAAGUCCUCAAAACGCAGCGAAUAACGCAGUGGUCAGUACUUUACCCAGACCUCUGGUGGACUGUGCUACCAAGGACCACGUGUCGGGAUCAGGGGAUGUUACAGACCCAGCAUCGAAUCCAAAUACUGCCAGUUCAGAUCCAAACAAGUACUGCGUCUUGUGUGCGGCCUCCUUCAAUAAUCCCCAAAUGGCGCUGCAGCACUACAACGGCCGCAAGCACCAAAGGAAGAAGGCCAGACAGGAGAUGUUGAAAGAGCUUGCAGAUGUUCAAGAAGAAAACCCUCUGACGUGCGCCAUAUGUAAUUUGCAAUUGAACUCCGUUGAGAUGUACCAAGCCCAUAUGCAGGGGAACAAGCACCAUGCAAGGGAGAGGAAGGUCUUCAAACUGUGCAAAACCCGACAGAAAUCCUACAGCACGUUUGCCGAUGAGCUUGCGCAUUACAUCCAAGUCCAGAAAGCUCGCGGACUCACGCCCAAGAUUGGCACCAAUCUAUCGAAGAAUGAAGCGCAAAACGAAGAUGAUCAAUCAGAAGAAGUAGUGGAUGUACAAAAGGGGCACGAGGCUCAACAAAACCAGACUCUGGCCAACUUUUCUCCCACGUAUGACCCCUACCCUCGCUACCGUGUCCCUCACUUUGGUGUAGAAGGUUUCCAACCUCCGUACAUGGGCCCUCCCUGGCCGUCCAGGGGUUGGGAAUGCGAUGGUCCUCCAUCUUUCCCCCACUUAAGGCCUUCGCUGGAAUCCGCUGCUCGACCUCUGAAGAGACGAAGAAAGUGCUCCAGCUCCUCCUCGUAUUCUACCUCAUCCUCUUCCUCCUCCUCGUAUUCCUCUUCCUUUAGCAGUGGAGCAAGUGACAGCGAUGCAGGUGAACGCGGGCAAAGAGAGAGGAGGAGGACCAAAAGAUCCAGGAGGGAAAGAGGCAGACGAUCAGGAGCUGCAAGCUCGGACAAGGCGAGGCGCAAGCAACAGAAGAGAACAAGAGAUGAUUACUCAGAGGAGAGGAGGAGAAAUGAUGUUGGGGAGUCGGGGGACGAGGGAAGAAAAAAGCGCAAACAUCCCAGCAAGCAGAGACGGCAAGUAAGGAAACAAGUGGCGGAAGAAGAUCAGGUGAAGGGCAGCGUCGUGCCGACAGACACGAUGGAGACUCGAGAAGAAACCGAUGAAAAUGUUGUCAAGCAGAGUGACAGACAGGAAGACCACGCCAGUGUGAAAUGUAGAAAAGAGAAGAAAAGAUCAAAGGAGAUCAUGGACAACAGGACAGAGGAGGAGAAGUUGUGGGAUGAUUCCAUUCUUGGCUGUUAACGCAUUAACAUAAUUUAAGAGAAAAACUACUCACCUCUAUAAUUUGAACUGCAGAGAUCUAGUUAAUUAAAAAAACAAUCUGUCUAAAAAAAAACUAUUAGCAAUUUAUGCUAGCUGGUUAGCGAGGUUUGAGCUCCAAUUAAUUUAUUCUUCUAUUGAUGCCCUUAUAAGCUACUUUUGUCACCCUCAUACAAAAUGACAUUUUAUCAACUUGCACUUUCAGUUAUUACUGGUAUGAAUGUUCCAAGUAAUUUUCAAGACAAUUGAAAAUAAAUAAUGUGGCAAAACCAAUGUGUCGAUCAGGUCUUGUAAUGCCCUUAGCAGCCUGCGGUAGGCGCUAUUGGGUUGGGGAGGCCACAUGUUGAAAGUUGAGUCAUUUCGUCUCUCUUGAGGGUUUUUUUCAGAGGCAAACUUGCAGCUGGCCUACCCUUGUAAACAAGCUCAUAUGUGUCUCACGGUGGAAUGGCGAUCUUUAAAUGUCAUGAAAACGCUCGCUAGUUGUUGGAGAAAUGCUCGUCUCUUUGCCGGCUACUGUCGAGGUGGCCUCGAGCAAGCGAUCUUCACUGUCCUCCCAGCUCGAGCGGCGCAAGGAUGUGUGCGCAUCUCAUUCCGAAUCUCCUUGCAUGCCUGCACGCGAGUGAUGUGUUUCGAUGUGUGGCAUGCAACACGACGUAUACUUUGGAGUACCAUUUGGAUUUCCCCCUGUGGGAUUAUAUUACGUAAAAAAUAAUAAAAUUAAAGUAUGCUUGAAUAGUAAACGUUUUUUUUUCUUUAUAACAAAAGCGAAGACAACAGAGCUGCGUGGAUGUGUGUGCGUGUCGUUUCACCUUAAACCUAAAUGUUUUAGCUGAAGCGGAUUAAAUGAUCUCAUGUUUCUGUUC